AGACCUGCCCGGAGAUCCCAGCCUGCAGGAUGUCGACCUUGUUGUGGGAGAGUUUCGGGGCGAUCCGGGCUGCCCUGCCGGGGCAAACCUGCAUCCUUCUGCUCACUUGCCUCGCCCUGCUGGGCUGGUACAGCGUUGCGCCGUUUAGAUUUUUUAAACGACUUGGGAUUCCUGGUCCAAUGCCGCUGCCUUUCAUAGGAACAUUCUUUCAUUACAGAAAAGGUCUUUUUAACUUUGAUGUGGAAUGCUACAAGAAGUAUGGGAAUAUCUGGGGGAUCUUUGAUGGACGAAAACCUGUUCUCUGCAUUAUGGAACCCGACCUGAUUAAAACUAUUUUAAUAAAAGAAUUCUACACCGUAUUCACCAACAGGCGGGAUUUUGGUCUGAAUGGACCAUUCGAGGAGUCCGUGUUGCUAGUUCAAGAUGAGCGAUGGAAGAGAAUCCGAAGUGUGCUUUCACCAGUCUUUACCACUGGGAGACUGAAAGAGAUGUGUCCGAUAAUCAAGCGCUAUACUCAAAACCUAGUGAAACACGCUGAAAGUAAAUCAAAGCUGAACGGGGUCGACAUGAAGGAUGUGUUUGGCUCCUACAGUAUGGAUGUGGUCACCAGCACGUCUUUCAGUGUGGACAUUGACACCAUCAACAACCCCAAAGACCCAUUUGUCACCAACGUCAAGAAACUUGUCGAUUUUUCCUUCUUUGACCCUGUAAUACUUCUUGUUAUAUUAUUUCCUUUCGUUAUUCCAAUCCUGGAAAAAUUGAAUUACAGCUUUAUGCCAAGAGAGGUGAAUGCUUUUUUCAUGGCAGUCGUGUCACAAAUGAAGGCCAAGAGGCAAAAAGGUGUACACACUGAUCGGGUGGAUUUUCUGCAGAUGAUGGUUGAUUCUCAAGUGACCGGCACCAUCUCUGAGCAAAAGAAUGAUGGCGAGAAUUCAACAUACAAAGCUUUGACCGAUACGGAGAUUCUGGCACAAGGAUUCACCUUUAUCUUUGCCGGGUAUGAGACUACCAGUAACACGUUGUCAUACGUUGCGUACAGUCUCGCCGUUCACCCCGACGUGCAGAAGAAACUACAGCAGGAAAUAGACGAGGCUUUUCCCAACAAAGCUCCUCCCACAUACGAUGGCGUGAUGUAUUUGGAGUACCUGGAAAUGGUGAUUUGUGAAACACUUCGAUUAUAUCCUCCUGCACCCCGCUUGGAAAGAAUCUGCAAGAAAGAUGUCAAACUCAAUGGGGUGACCAUUCCGAAGGACACGGUGGUUGUGAUUCCUGCUUAUGCCCUGCACCGUGAUCCAAAGUAUUGGCCAGAACCAGAGGAGUUCAGGCCCGAGAGGUUCAGUAAAGAGGCAAGAGAGACUCUGAAUCCUGCCGUCUACCUGCCGUUCGGGAUGGGUCCACGGAACUGCAUUGGGAUGAGGUUUGCUCAGCUCAUGAUGAAGAUGGCACUUGUCUCCCUCCUGCAGAAUCUGACCCUCGUGCCUUGUGCCGAGACGCCGAUCCCAUUAGAAUUGAAUGUGAAAGGACCGAUGCAUCCUAAAAAACCAAUAAUCCUCAAGUUUGUGCCGCGAGAAGAUGUUGAUUCACAGGAAUAAGGCAGAGGAUUCCUACUUAGCUGUGAAAACAUUUAGGAGCAUGUGUACUACUGAAAAUAACCAUUUGGCAUAGUUGCUUAAGUGGAAAUAUAUAGAAAUGUGCACUUUUGAACAUAUGUAGGAUCUGCAUUGAGGAACUAAUCAAACUCAGCAUCCACUCCAUCUUGUUGAGGCAAGUGAACAUUGGACGAGUUACUGGUGUUCUCAGAGAUACUGUAACGAAAUAUAAUUGUUCUACCGAUAUUUGGUGUCUAAUAGAAUUAAGCAUAAAGUUAUUUUGAAUUUUGAAAUGAAUCAUCUAUGAAUUUACUGUGUCCAUUUCCACUUUGAAACUUUUUCUAUACAAACUUAAUACUUUACUAAAACUAUUGUUUUCAUGCAAAUAAAAUUAACUUUAUCAAUGGAUA